AUGGCUUCCAACAUCCACGGAGGACCUGGCUCCUUCCAAGAUCAGCGCUUUCCCAUGAACAACGAUCACGACGGUCGCGCUACGAUGGCAAACUCUAUGCCUACCAAGCCCUCCUCUCAUUACUACCCCAACGGAAUUCCCGACGGCUACAAGAUGGUCAGUAUCAAGGAGGGAGAGACGCCCAGACUUUACAUCGAAGACAAUCUUCCGAUCGCCUUCUACAACCAGCCUACGAAGGAGAUCAAGGCUAUUUUUAGCACUAACAAUGGCGAGUUUCCCACUCGCGGUCUCAGUCACGUCCUUCCAGCACGCCAGAUUGAUCUAUGGAGCGCUAAAGAGCUCCAAGAGAGGGCCAAUGCCAUCCGCAAGAAGCAUUGGAGCCACAUGAAGUCCAUGCCGCAGCUGGAAUUCUGGGAAGACCUGUACGAUUAUUUCGACUGCUAUGACAUCUACUUCCAAGGCGCGAUGAACCUGUGGAAUCUCAUGCUUCAUCUCUACCACGAAAAUCAAUGUCUCGUUCGCAACCUCCAUCAAGAAAUCGUCGCGGAAGUCGGCCAUUGGUGCGACGAAUGGGCUGCAAAGAGCGAGAACAAGAAGAAGAUGCUAGACUUCAAAGACUUCCACGGCGACGUUCUCAAUCUUCUGAGCUCAGAGGAUCGCGUCGACCUUCAGGGACUGCCUCCCGUCAGCAUGGAACUUGUCCGCAAUGCUCUGAAAUUUCGACAUGAUCAGCUUCUAGGCAAGCCAUGGGCUCAGGCGGCCUCGUACCCGCAAAAUAGCCUCGGGUUCCAUUGGGAAGAAGGCACACUGCAACAUUGGCUUGCGGGCCAACCCGUUCAAGAUACUCCUAGUGGACUUGCCCCGGCAUCGACCGCCCCGAGCCUGAAGAAGGGCAACCCCGACUCCCCGCUGUCUCAAAUGAGCCCGGCUGCCAAACCCUCCCCUCCGAAGCCAUUGAUCGUGAGCGGCACAUCCAGGCAAAAUCAGCCCGACCAUCUCCAUCACGAUGUUGCUACGGCCGUGAAUCGCGUCAGCCACCCUGAGGGUACCUCAGCGGACAACCGGCAGACCUUUUCGGCAGGUCAUAGCCUUGAUAACGAUGAGUCUCCGGUGGAAAUGCAGGUCCAGGAGGGUCCACCUUCUACCCUCAUGCCAUUAGACCCGGUGCUCAUCCAUUCAACACACCUUUUACUACAGGUCCUCAUGGUCGUACCGUCUCCUCAAAGACCUAAUGACAACCGCUUCAACAACGGUGGCCAUUCGGCGCAAAUGCCGGGCUCUGUCCCCAUGGGCGGCGCACAGCGUGCUCAAUCUGCUGCUUUUCCUGGAGUGGCACCUGAGCCGGUUCCCUUCCAGAGACACAACGGCGGUAAGCGCAAUGCAUCGACAGACCCCCAUUUUGGUCAGGCAGGCGACCGCGGCUCACAAAUGGGCCAUCCGCGAUUUGAAACGAAAUUCAACUCGCGAGUAGCGCCUAACUCGAACGGCCCAUCUCAUCACCAGCAGCGCCCCUGUGGCGAUUCAAAAGGAUGGGAGAAGGUCCACAAUGCAGACGACUCGAUUCAUGGGCCCGUUUUCCGUCGUUCUCCAACCAAGGAUAAUCGCGCCCGUGCAUUAUCCCGUUCUUCCGCGUCUAGACAAACUUUCACUUGCACGAAUCAACAUGAAAAGUUUGGCGAUAACAAAUGGGCCUACGCGCCUUGCGAGUGUCCUUCUUGCGAGGCUCGUGAGCGUUCUGUCUUCGUUCAGCUCACCUCUCAUACGAUUAGAGAUGACCUGUCCGAGAAGGUCCAUGCUGUGAUGUCUCGGUGGGGAGAGGUUGAGAAAGUCAACAGGUUGGCUCUCAAGGACCAGAGAGAAUACCCCAACUUUUUUGUCAGCCGGGACGCGAAUGAACAGAAUAGAAUGCCGAGCCAGUACGAAGAGUCCCAGCAACCUCCUCGGCCUAGCAGCCAGAAUCCGUUCGCCCAAAGCCAGUCCAUAUCUGCUCGUAUGGACUCUCGAUCACAAGCAGUCUCCUUGGAGCAGUACAUGAUCCCUCGUCCAUCAAAACCGCAGGGCAAACCAGUACAGUGUCCUCCGUCCGAAGCGGCACCUGAUAUAACGGUUUCGAUGCCCACCGCAGACGAAGUCACUCUACAGCAGCAGAAAACUGAACUGCUUGAAGACGUCAAGCCGACACAAGCCCAAACGACUAUCGAUCUAGCCUUGCAACAGUCAAGUGAAGCCGAGUCGCAAUCGAAGCCGCCUUCCGAAGAGGUUAUUCCCGAUGAAGAGAAGUCAACCAAGCAUGACAGCCCUCGGAUAUCCAGCAGUCCUUGCAAAGCCAUUGUCGUCAACUUGCCGGCAACACCUCAAAAGCUGAUGAAAACCUCGAUGGGCACUGAAGCACACGGGGAAUCUGACUCAUCUGGCAAGGCUGUUUUCACUACGGAAAACAGCGAAUCGGUAGCCUCUCCGGUCAAGAAGAGCUCUCCUGCUUCUUCCGGUGACAAGGAAAACAAGUCUGGCGCUCUUCGUGACCAGGGACCGUCUGAGGAAUCUGCGAAUGUUAAACCUCAUGUCUCGCCUGUUCCGGAAAAGGGAGUCACAGUCCCUGAGCCUCUUGCGCAAAGCCCCACGUAUGGCAAGGGAAAGUACAGAAAGAUUUUCUCUCACAGAGAUACUAGCAGUGUCGAGGUCUUCGACGUGGUGCCUCACAUGCCAGGAAGAAGUAGCUCUUCGUUUCUCAAGACUUCGUUUCCUGACGAAGAUGGGCCUAGCGAUAGCCUUCGCUUGAAGUCUGGACAUGCACUGGACAGCUUGAUCGAUGCGGGCUUAAUCUCAGGGGUUCCAAUGACCACCAUGGCCGACGGCGCUUCAAACAAGAAGACCAAGAAAAACAAAAAGAAGAAGAAGAAGCCGGCAUCAGGAAGCCAAGAUGAGUCUCUCCCCAUUGGAGACGCCUCGACUGUGGCCGCCGAUGACAAGACUCCUCAUAUUCCGACGGAAACCCAGACUGGUGCAUCAGAGACGGCCGACAUCAUCACUGCGGCCAAGGAUGUCGUUGCAACAGAAGCAUCUCUAGGAAAGUCAAGUCUCCCGGAGCCGCCCAACAAGAAUUUUCGAGCCAACGCUGGCGGCUCACUUCGAAUUCCGAAGAAUCGCAACAAGCAGCCGACUCGGCUGAAUCUUGCUGUACGGGAAGGUUCUGCUUCUGGAGCCGCCAUCGUCUUGAAGGAGGCCCAGGUCAUCGACGGCGGUCUUCCAUCUGCUGCGAGUACUUCACAGAUGAGCUUCACCACAGCCCAGGAGAGCCGCUCUGGCAACAGCUCGCCCAAGGUCCUAUCGACCCCAGCAACUCCAUCAUCAGAUAGGACGCCUGAACCGAAGGUUUCACCAGAAAGGUUCGUGGUUGAGAGCGAGGCGACGGCAAAGUCAACCAUGCAACUCAAUCCAAAGGCAAAGGAGUUUGUGUCACCUGCACCGCGCCCUGUUGUUCAUAGAGUGAAGCUGGCGCCAAUUCCAUUGGUACUGAUCCCAGUGAAGACCACUCAGCAUCAACGCAACUUCUCUCGCAGUUCGUCGGUCACAUCCCGAACUCUCACUCCAGGACCAACGCCUCCCAAAGCGAAAGUUGAACAGUGUCAGGGAGAUACUGCUGGAGAUGGCGUCGAUAAUGGACAGAUUUCUACAUUUGAUGAAGCGCGAAUCCAAGAUGAAGGCAUACAAAAGUCGGCUCCCGAGAGCAUGGGGAAGACAAAGCAGGAUUAUCCCGCUGAAGGCGAUACGUCCGUCUCUCGAUCAUCAAAUGCUAGCAGCGGCAACAACCAGAAACAGCGUUCAAAGAAGGGCGCUAGCAAAAAAAAGCAGCAACAGCUUAGCAGCGAUCGCGAGCAGCAAGGACAGCAGCAACAGGGUAAGCAAGAACCCCAGAAGAGCAAACCUUCGCCUAAGAAGCAGAAUGUUCGAGGACACAAGCACGUUCAACAAUCGCAAAAUGCCCCAGAAACGCACAACAGGAAGCUAUCUGUUGCCAGUAAAGAAGACUUCCCGUCCCUGCCGCCUGCCCCCUUGCCUACUUCCAGCCUACCUGCGACCAGCGUCUGGGGUAAAGCGCGUGCAACAUCAACUGCUACAAAGGGCAGCAUCAUCCCUCCUAUCAGCAGCAUGAGCAGUGAGGACAAGACUAAGGAUAAGACAUCUUCAGGCGCACUCCCUCAGGAGGACAGUGGCAAGCAUUAG